AUGCCCCCUAAAAGAAAGUCCACCGACGCCGCACCUGCCAGCGCAUCCAAAAAGUCCAAAGCCAGUACCGACGAUGCGCCGGAGAAGCCCCAGGUUCCUCGCAGCAAGCGAUGGUCAAAGGGUAUUUCUGGCUCCGCAAAUGCCGACACGGAAUAUCGCACGAUGAUGACGCACAAUCCUGAGUCUGCUUGGGAGUUUGUCUGUCAGUGCCGACCAAUUUCUGGAUCGGACGAUGAGGACGAGGACGACGAGGACGAUGAAGAUGACAAUGAGGAAGACGGCGAGGGCGAACCCAAGAAGACUGACCGUCCUCCAUGCGACAAUGGCAAGACUUGUCUCUGCACCAAGCCAAGCAAAGAUCACCCUGAUCACCCUUACACGCUAUCCUUGGGAGGCAUCCAGAAGUUCCGCACCACCGCUAUCAUGUGCUCUUUGCGUGACCCGGACUUGUUUGAAAUGUACAUCUACAAUGACUUCUAUGGAUAUGGGCUGGUAGAGGUGCUCGGGAAUCUGUUCCUCGACUUCGAAGAGGCCAAGGAUGACUGGAAGCAACAGUGGUAUAUCUGUGAAGCCAUUUUACUGUUCUUCCAUCGCUUCGACCCCGCCGCCUUGUUCAUGAUCGACGAUGGCGAAGGCCUGGAGGUACUCCUCCAUGCCAUUCGAACGAUGUUCCUCGCGAUGAUGGCAACCCUCGAGCGCAACGAUCUAUUGAAACCGGACUCUGAGAUCAAGAAUAUUGGGAUGAUCAUGGGACUGGCUAUUGGCCUCGAUGAAUACGCCGAAGACUCUGAUGCUUUCGAGGAUCUCCCUAAGUAUCUGCAUGCGUAUGCUGAGAAGCAUAAGAUUGUCCUUCAGGAUGUGUCGGAAGACAGCGAGCCGGUAGACCCCGUGCCUGCGACCGGCAAGGGCUCGCUGCCUGAGCCUACCGCUAAGAAGAAUGACCCUUGGGGCUUUGCGGCGGAGCUGAAGAAGCUCGGAAAAGAACAAAAGCUUGGAGGCGACCGUUUCGAUAUCACUACCAUGUCUGGGCCCGAACGUAAGAAGGCCAGCUUUGACGGCAAGGAUCCUUUGGCCGGGGAGGCGAUCAAGGCUCUCAAGGAGGGACUGGUCAUGCAGUUGGCCUAA